CAGAAAAUAACAAAAAAUAGAACCCGGAUAACAAGAAUGUGAUUAUAAGCUGAGCAAAGAAGAGGAAACAUUGGUUCAAUUGAAUGAGACUCAUCCAAACGAAUUGUUAUACCAACCACACAAAAAGCUCCACACUCCAAUUUCACUUUGAAGCAGUAAAAGAGAGAGAGCGUAACUUCUAACGGUUUCAUUUUGUUUUCGUUUCUCUCCCGCCGCCGUCGACUCCUUCCUCUGCACGGGUUGGGUAAUUAAUGUGGUGCAAUUUUGAGGUAAGACCAAAUAGUUGCAAUACGAAUUGGGAAGGAUUGAAUGCCUAAUGAUUCUGAGAAGAGGGAUUAUUGCAGGUUGACACGUGGAAAAAAGUUUGCUUGAAAUCGGUGUAUAAUAGUAUAGAUGUCUUACACAAGUUUCAGAACCUUCCAACUUCACUCUUUUCUACUCAAACGAAGAAAUGGGUUUUUUUAUUCCACAACAACCAAAGCCACAACACAAUCCCAAACACAAACCAAACUUUCAGCAAGUACCCAAUCCAAAAAACUUGAUAAAAUCCCAAAAGACUACGAACCUGUGAUUGGUAUUGAAACACAUGUUCAGCUUUCUACACUCACCAAAGCCUUUUGUAAUUGUCCUUACAAUUAUGGGUCUUUUCCUAAUACUAGCAUAUGUCCAGUUUGUAUGGGUUUGCCUGGUGCUUUACCUGUUUUGAACUCUAAGGUUAUUGAGUUUGCUGUUAAAUUGGGACUUGCUCUUAAUUGCAAAUUGGCUUUUAAUUCUAAGUUUGAUAGGAAACAAUAUUUUUAUCCUGAUCUUCCAAAAGGGUAUCAGAUUUCUCAGUUUGAUGUGCCAAUUGCGGAUUCUGGUUAUCUUGAUGUGGAUAUUCCUUUGGAGUUUGGUGGAGGGCAUAAGAGGUUUGGCAUUACAAGGGUUCACAUGGAAGAAGAUGCAGGGAAGCUCUUACAUACUGAAACUGGAAAUUACUCUCAGGUUGAUCUAAACAGGGCAGGGGUUCCUUUGCUAGAAAUAGUUUCUGAGCCUGACAUGAGAAAUGGUAUUGAAGCAGCAGAGUAUGCAGCAGAAUUACAGAGGUUGGUUAGGUAUUUGGGAGUGAGCAAUGGCAAUAUGCAAGAAGGUUCCCUUCGUUGCGAUGUAAACGUAUCAGUACGUCCCAUUGGGCAGUCAAAGUUUGGGACAAAGGUUGAAAUAAAAAAUUUGAACUCAUUUGCAUCAAUGAGCAGAGCUAUUGAUUUUGAAAUUUCAAGGCAGGUGUUACUUCAUAGUCAAGGUCAAGAAGAUCAGAUAGUACAGGAAACUCGACUCUGGGAAGAAGGCACUCAGAGAACAAUUACAAUGAGAAAAAAGGAAGGGCUCGCUGAUUAUCGAUAUUUUCCAGAACCAGACCUUCCAUCAGUAAUCCUUUGUCAGGAAUAUGUAGAUGGUAUUCAAAAUUCUUUACCAGAGCUUCCUGAAGAAAAACGUAGACGAUACGAAAAGAUGGGAUUAGGCAUGCAAGAUGUUCUUUUCCUAGCUAAUGAUAAAAAUAUUGCAGAAUUUUUUGAUGCUACUCUUGCAAAGGGUGCUGAUGCAAAGUUGGUUGCCAACUGGAUAAUGAGUGAUAUUGCUGCCUUCAUGAAAAAUGAAAAGUUGACCAUAAAUGACAUAAAGCUUACACCUGAGGAGUUGUCUGAGUUGAUAGCUUCCAUUAAGGGUGGAAUCAUCAGCGGCAAGAUUGGGAAGGAGAUACUAUUUGAGCUGUUAGCCAAGGGUGGAAGUGUCAAGGAAAUCAUAGAAAAAAAGGACUUGGUACAGAUAGCAGAUCCUGUUGAAAUUGAAAAAAUGGUGGACAAAGUGAUUGCAGAGAAUCCAAAACAGGUCGAGCAAUUUCGAGGAGGCAAAACUAAACUACAAGGUUUUUUUGCUGGCCAGGUAAUGAAGGUAUCCAAAGGCAAGGCAAAUCCGGGUCUCCUUAACAAGAUUCUCUUGGAGAAAUUGAAUUCUAAAAGUUAAUGCUAAUAAACUGCUAUUGCUAUAUGCACAUCUUCAAUACUUCAAUAUGAAGUGUUGGUAAUAGUAAUCAUAUGCAUAGCAUAGCAAAAAUAUUGGCAUGUUGCAUAUUUUCUAUGAGAUAACAUGUAAGUUUUGAUCUGAGGUGUUUGGUGUUACAUAGUUAAUCGUGCUCAUUUUAAGACAAGGUGAUUGGUUAUUGGAUUGGUUAUAUUGGCCGAAUAGUUUAGCUGAUUUUAGAAAUAGAUUUUGUGCAUUGAGUUCCCAAAUGGCUGAACUAUUUUCACUUCAAGUGUUCAGACUUUGGUGCUCUGUCCUUAUUUUCUUCUUUAGAGGAUUAAAAGGUCAAGUAGCUUCCCAGAUCACGUGGUUUGUUACCCCAAUUAAUUUAUUGAUCUUUUCUUGGAUUAUGUAAUGAGAAUAAUUUGGUGUUCUCUCCUGCCUAAACAACAAUAAGAGAGCAAAUGUAAUAUUAUUUUGUACCAUUCAUAUUUUAUGUGUAUUACAAAUA